ACACUGAAACCAAGAUGGCUGCCGAAAGGAGAGAUAAAGAAGCAUUUGUGACAUUGGUGACGAGUGACAGUUACUCGUUUGGUGCGCUGGUGUUGGGUCAGUCGCUCCGAGCCGUGCACACCACCCGUAAACUGGCCAUCCUGGUCACACCACAGGUCUCCGACAAUGUCAGGGAACAGUUGGGUAAGGUGUAUGAUGAUGUGCACCUAGUGGAUGUGGUGGACAGUGGAGACACAGAGAAGCUGGCCCUCCUGUCCAGGCCAGAACUGGGCAUCACCUUCACCAAACUGCACUGCUGGAGACUCACCAACUACACCAAGGCAGUCUUCCUGGAUGCUGACACUUUGGUUCUGAGGAACGUUGACGACCUGUUUGAUAAGGAGGAGUUAUCGGCCGUGCCUGAUAUCGGCUGGCCUGACUGUUUCAACUCCGGCGUGUUUGUGUUCCGACCGUCAGAGGACACCUACCAGGCACUGCUGCAGUGUGCCAAGACUGCCGGCAGCUUCGAUGGAGGAGACCAGGGUCUGUUGAAUACCUUUUUCAGUGACUGGGGAACUAAAGACAUCUCUCGCCACUUGUCCUUCCUAUACAACAUGACAUCUACUAUACACUACUCCUACCUACCUGCCUUUAAUAGAUUUGGAGGUGAUGUGAAAAUAGUGCAUUUCAUCGGCCCCAUCAAGCCCUGGCACCACCAGUAUGAUACAAAGUCUGGGACGGUGAAGCCCCACCCUAACCAGGACUCCUCCCUCCCCCCACACCACAUGGACUUUCUCCAGGCAUGGUGGGACGUAUUCAUGAACAGGGUCAAACCAUUGCUGGAGGGGCAGGGGCAGCUCCUCUCUGGAAACCAUCCGGGCGGCACCCAGGAUAGAGUACCGGAUAGGAUUCCGCUGCCGCAAAGUCCACGCUUUCCACCAUGGCACCCGCCAACCCCUCCCACAGAACAUUUCACCCCAAUGCAUGAUGGGAAGGAGGACGAGGGUAGGGACUUUGACCCCCCUCCCCCACAGUCACCCCACUACUGGCCACAGGAGCAUCACGAUAGCCCAGAUUCUGGAGUAAAGGAUGAUGAGGAUGUUGAUGAGAUAGAAGAGCCAGAGCACCAUGGGGAUGAAUUUGAGGAGGAUCAUGGGAUAGAAGAACCAGAGGAUCAUGGGAAUGAAUUUAAGGAGGAUCAUGGGAUAGAAGAGCCAUUGAAGCAUCAUGGGAAUGAGUAUGAGGACCUGUCCCUGUCAGAGUGUUUGUCAGAAUCUGUGGGUGACGAUGAUGUGAGCUCAGAGUCCCCGUCGACGUUGUGUGAAACGCCCGUAGACACGUCGGGAGUGUCUUCCCUCGGGGAUGCCGCAGAGGACAUCACCGGACAGCUGGCGCAGCUCCAGGUGCAGGGCGCGAACCCGCCGGCGAUCUACGUGUCGUCCGACGACCACCGCCGGGCCUGGGAGCGCGGCGAGAUCGACUACACCGGUUUGGACCGCUUCGAAAACAUCCAGAAGAAACUGGACGCUCAAAUCAAGAGUUAGGUUUAUAUUUCUACCACAGGACGUCCCCCGUGAAGCAACAACAUAGUUCAAACAAAGAAAAAUUGCCCUGAAAUUGCAAUAAAAAAAGAUAGUUUCUUAUAAAAGCUAAAUCCUUAUAACAAAUGGUGAAUAUGGUAUUGGAGAAAAAUAUUGCCCUACCUUUGAAAUUCUUCUGGAACUAUCAUCUUAUUGAAAUCCUCUGAAGAGAGUUUUUUUGUACUUCCUGAAGAGAAAUCUUUGUCAAUGCAACAAUAGACCAAUCCUGACUGCCCACCAAAGUUAGUACUCUAUAGGACAGUGGUCUACAUCUGUCACAUUUUUGCAUUUGUACUACUAGUAUUUGUUAUGCAUUUGUAUGUUUCGAUGAGGUGGGCUGUGGAAUUGGUCUAUGUGGUACUUUCUUCGAAGGAACAACUGUCUAAAUUUAAUCCUUCAACAACCCAUCCUGAACACUACUUUCACAAAAGAGCUUAAAUUCCCUUUGACUUUCCUCAGCAGCCUCUAUUUAUAUGCUCUAAAUCCACUCAACAGAAAACUUGAGAAUCGUCAAAUACGGUUAAACAUUGAUCAGUCAUCUCAAUGAGGUUAAGCUUUGUGUUGAAAGCCGAUUACCAUCCAAGUAUUUCAUCUCAACACUCAGGUUUUUUUUCUUUCCUACACAACUUUGCGGAGAAGAUUUGAGUACGGUGCUUCAGCGUGACAUUCAACAUCAGGACUUUUUAUACAGAUGAUCCACUGGUGCUCAUGAUCGAUCAGUAGAAUGUUACACAUUGUGCAACUGUAACAAGGCAAUCAGAGAUGGCACACUAGAACAGCAGUAUAGUUCAAGUCGUAGAAUACUUCUCUUCCUGGGGGUAAAGUAUGUGUAGAUUUAGUGCUACAGUUAGACUUCUGAACUAAUGCUGUUGAUGCAUACACUGCAACUGCCAGUAUUCUUUACUCAAUUAGCUAUGUUUCGUCAUAUAUAUGUAGGGUAUUAAGAAUGAAACAACUGGCCAGUCACUACAAGUACAGUACUUCUCCCACCACAUAAAUUCAAUACAACUUCUUAUCCAUGCUGUUUUAAUUUUCACCGAAGGAAGCACACCCAUACAAGAAAGGUUUUUUCAAAAAGCUUCAGUCCAAGGAGGAAAAAUGAAAGAUUUAAACUUUUCCCAGUAUAAAUAUUCUUUAUAAAUCUUCCCUGCCUCCUACAUUAAAUAAUUGACAUUAUUAUGUAAAAUCAAAUUUUAUCAAAUUUCACUCCCUUUAUCAUUGUUUGAAAGUUGAAUAUGUGAAAUGAUAAUUAGCCUCCUGUAUGAGAGAUAAUAUUUACAAGUGCAUAUGUCAAUUGAUUCUAAUUUUUCCCUUUAAACAGAAGGGCUCUUCCUACAAUGCAUUUAUUUGUCAAUGAAAACUAUAAGAUUGAAUCCAGUAUUUUUUGCUCUAUUUGAGAAACAAGCAACAUACAACUUUACAAACAUGUUUAUGCCUUAAGCUCUUGGGCAAGCAAGGACUAAAAUGCAACACCUGAACAAUUAAGUAUAAGAAAUGAAACCUUAACAAAUACAUUGAAAAGGCAAAUCAAGAUAUUAUCUUUAAAAGCUAUCACGUUAAUUGCUUAAUUCUGUAGGUGGAAUUAUCAAUAUAUGGAGGAUUAUCAGUGUUGAUAAAUAGGUAGGUUGUAAAGUGAUAAUUCUUAUGUAUUCUUAUCAUAUAUGUAUAAUCAAUGAAUUGAAUAUUUGUGAGAUUAUAGGUGCAUGUAGAGCAUCUCCACAGCUUCGUUUGCUGCUAAUUAUAUUGUAUUUGUCAUGCAUUUUGUAGAAUUAUGCAAGCUCCUAAAUUCUAUGUUAACUUCUAUCAAUGAUUACAGAAUUUCAAUGCAAUUUUUUAUGCACUACAGACCUACAUAUUAUAGUUGUACCAAUUUUUAUUUUAUUCAUUACUUAUUAAUCCAAAGACUGAGCAGAGCCAUAGUUAGUCAAGGACAUUAUUUACUAUAACUUUUCUAAUCAAGGUUUCUUACAAGUAAAGCACACUUUACAAGUAAAGCACACUUUUUCAUACUGCACAAAUUCUCUUCUAUACAAUUAAAAACAUUAAAACCAUUGCACAGAAGCUGAAAUUGUUUGAUUUUGUUGACUGAAAAUGCUUUGUUAGCACUAGACAAUUCUGAAAAAGUUGAUGGCAAAAGCUUGAACAACUAUUUAGAAUGGAAUGGGAAAGAAUCUAUGGUUGGUGGUCUUCUAGAGAAAACAUUUCUAUGUAAAUCAAAUACUGCCUUGCUUUAGUAUGGUCAUGAGGAAAGUGUAUUGUAUUAGAUAUAUGGGUGACUUUGAGUUGAUGCCGUAAAUGAAAUAGACUGAGGGAAGCCUAACACAUUUGACUGAAACGUAAUCUUGUUUUUUGGUUCAUAGUUGAGGUUCCAUUUUCAGUUUUUUUCUCCUAUUCAAAACAGUGACAAAUUGUGGUCAAUGAAUUCCACUUACUGAAUGCUUUGGGACAAAGUUUGUUUUACAUAUGUCUGAAAAUGGAACUUACACUGCAACAGGUACAUCAGAAGGAAAACAUUUUUUUGUAUAAAUGACUGUGAACUUAUGCAAAACAUGUUGGCAGGUCAAAUCAAGCUAGUAAUCAAACUCUACUUACUUUGCAAUGUAAACUAGGCUGUUGCAAAACCACAACAAAAUCUGACAACUGAGAAGAGUUACUGUGUAACAUAGCUAGAACUGAAGCUUAUGUUCAAAGGAUGUAGUUUGUUGGAACUACCACUGCAUAGCUACCAGAUGUGUAUUUAUACUAGGAGCGAUUUGUUUGAGGCUGAAUCUGUGGCAAAAUGUAUUCAAUGAUUGCAUUAAAUGAUUCGCAAUGGAAGAGAUGUGAUCU